CUAGAUUUCCUCUUUUCCAGUCUCCUUGCCAGCAACUCCAGAAAACACUUCAAAGCUGAUAAGAGGGCUUAGGCUCUCUUCCGUUUGAAUCUACACUUCUUUCUUGACUCAGGAUAACCAGCUAACAGAUAGUCAUUACUUUCAUCCUGGAAUGAAUUGAGGAUAUUCAUUAAUUUCCUUGAAGCUAGAUUUCUAGGAAGUCUUGACUUUGCCUGUCUCUUGAGGCAAAACUUUUCAACUUUUUUUUCCCUCCCCCUCCUGCUUUUUCUCCACUCCCCUGCAAGCAAGAGUGGACAUAUUCUUUUAAGCGUGACUUCUGUGGCCGGCAUAGAUCCUAGCUGAGGUCUUCCUCCAGUGUGCAACAUUGCUGGAUCUCACUGAGGCCUGGGCUGUUCUCCUUUUAACACCUCAUAGCUGAGAAAGGCAUAAAUCCUAAAGAUGUCUUUGAGUAAUGACCACGUGUUAGUACCGAUGUCACAGAGAAACAACAAUGGCCUUCCUGGAAUGAACUCCAGCUCCAUGAGGACGCUCACUGAAGGAGAUGUGCUGAGUUUUCACCACAUCACCUAUCGAGUGAAAGUGAAGAGUGGGUUUCUAGUCCGGAAAACAGUUGAGAAAGAAAUACUAUCAGAUAUCAAUGGGAUCAUGAAACCUGGCCUUAAUGCUAUUCUGGGACCCACAGGCGGAGGCAAGUCUUCGUUGCUAGAUGUCUUAGCGGCAAGGAAAGAUCCACGAGGAUUAUCUGGAGAUGUUUUGAUAAACGGGGCACCUCAACCUGCCAAUUUCAAAUGCAGUUCAGGUUAUGUGGUUCAGGAUGACGUUGUGAUGGGCACCCUGACAGUGAGAGAAAACUUACAGUUCUCAGCAGCUCUUCGUCUUCCAACGACUAUGAAAAAUCAUGAAAAAAAUGAACGGAUUAACAAGAUCAUUAAAGAGUUAGGUCUGGAAAAAGUAGCCAAUUCCAAGGUUGGAACUCAGUUUACCCGUGGUAUCUCUGGAGGAGAAAGAAAACGAACAAGCAUAGGAAUGGAGCUGAUCACUGACCCUUCCAUCCUCUUCCUGGAUGAACCCACAACUGGUUUGGACUCGAGCACAGCGAAUGCUGUCCUUUUGCUCCUGAAACGGAUGUCUAAACAGGGUCGGACAAUCAUCUUCUCCAUUCAUCAGCCUCGGUAUUCAAUAUUUAAGCUAUUUGACAGCCUCACCUUACUGGCUUCCGGGAAACUCAUGUUCCAUGGGCCAGCACAGAAAGCUUUGGAGUACUUUGCAUCAGCAGGUUAUCACUGUGAGCCCUACAACAACCCUGCAGAUUUCUUCCUUGAUGUCAUCAAUGGAGAUUCUUCUGCUGUGAUGUUAAAUAGAGAGGAACAAAACCAUGAAGCAAACAAGACUGAAGAGCCUUCCAAGAAAGAGAAGCCAAUAAUAGAAAACUUAUCUGAGUUUUAUAUCAACUCCGCCAUCUAUGGAGAAACAAAAGUUGAAUUAGAUCAACUUCCAGUAGCUCAGAAAAAGAAAGGAGCAUCAGCCUUCAAAGAUCCGAUAUAUGUUACCUCAUUCUGUCAUCAGCUCAGGUGGAUUGCCAGGCGUUCAUUUAAAAACUUGCUCGGGAAUCCUCAAGCCUCUGUAGCUCAGUUAAUUGUUACAGUCAUACUGGGGCUGAUUAUUGGUGCCAUUUACUUUGAUCUGAAAAAUGAUUCCGCUGGAAUGCAAAAUAGAGCUGGGGUUUUAUUUUUCCUGACUACCAACCAGUGUUUUUCCAGUGUGUCAGCUGUGGAGCUCUUCGUAGUGGAAAAGAAACUCUUCAUACACGAGUAUAUCAGUGGAUAUUACAGAGUAUCUUCUUACUUCUUUGGAAAGCUUAUGUCUGAUUUACUACCCAUGAGAUUCUUGCCAAGUGUUAUAUUUACUUGUAUAUUAUACUUCAUGUUAGGUCUGAAGAAGACGGCAGAGGCUUUUUUCAUCAUGAUGUUUACUCUUAUAAUGGUGGCUUAUACGGCCAGUUCCAUGGCACUGGCCAUAGCCGCAGGCCAAAGUGUGGUGUCUGUAGCAACACUUCUCAUGACAAUCUCUUUUGUAUUUAUGAUGCUCUUUUCUGGCCUCUUGGUGAAUCUCAGAACCGUUGGUUCUUGGCUGUCCUGGCUUCAGUACUUUAGUAUUCCUCGAUAUGGCUUCACAGCUUUGCAGCAUAAUGAAUUCUUGGGACAGGACUUUUGUCCAGGACUCAAUGAAACUCUCAACAGCAACUGUGCUAACUAUACAAUAUGUACUGGUAAUGACUACUUGAUAAAUCAGGGCAUCGAUCUGUCACCCUGGGGACUGUGGAGGAAUCAUGUGGCCCUGGCUUGUAUGAUUGUUAUCUUCCUCACCAUUGCCUACCUGAAAUUGUUGUUUCUUAAAAAGUAUUCCUAAUUUCCCCUUUUAACAGACUAUUAAUUGUACUCCUAUUAAAUAUGGACACUUUAAUUAACAUA